GGCUGCGUGAGUCAUCGGCCCACGCGGCGCCUCAGGCGCGUGUAUGUUACGGAGCCAGCGCGGAGCGGACGGAGGCCGCGUCCCACCUGCCGCUCACCUGGGCGCCCCUCCCCCACACGCGCCCCAGCGGUGCGAGCGUCGUCAUCAGCAUCUCUGUUCUCCACGAGCAACUCAGGAGAGCGGUGCUUAGGGGCGACGGUCCCAGGAGAGAAACUGUGCAGCUCCACAAGCAAUUAGUGCCGAGGGAGAGAAUAAAAUGCUGACAAAGGGAACACGAGCUGCAUCAGCAUCACCUGCACCUGAAAGGUCACACUGAGCUCUGAGGAGGUCAUUUAUCUGAUAUUAUGAGCAUUUCUGCAUUAGAGUGAAUGCAGGAUGUGCACUCAGGCGACACAAUGAAAUAAAUUGACCUUGAUCCCGGUCAGCAAAGACAGAACCCUCUGUGUGAUGAAUCGAUGCUUUCGCGUGUAUAAAACACAAGGAGCGCAUCAGCAGCGGAAGAAGCCGCUCUCGCACACGCGUCUCUGUGCAGAGGACGAUGCCAUGACUAGAGAUCUGACUGUAGACGCGGUUCUGUUCGGGUUCCUGGUCUUCUCCGGCAUCCUGGGGAACAUCCUGGUCAUCCAUGUGGUGUUUCAAUCCGCCAGCGAGAGUCCGUCGCGGCGACUCCCUCCGUCCGACACCAUCUUGGCGCACCUGUCGCUCGCCAACCUGCUGACGUCGCUCUUCCGCACCGUCCCCAUAUUCGUGUCGGACCUGGGCUUCAGCGUGUCGCUGUCCCCCGGCUGGUGCCGCGUGUUCAUGCUGCUGUGGGUGUGGUGGCGCGGCGUGGGCUGCUGGGCGACGCUGGCGCUCAGCGUCCUCCACUGCGCCACCGUGCGGCGGCGGCGCGUGGCCUCCGGGCCGCUGGCCCAGCGGCGGGCGCGGCGGGGGGUGUGGGGGGCGCUGGGGCUGGUGUGGGGGGCCAACCUGGCCCUCUCGGCGCCCGCGCUGGCCUACGGCGCCCACGUCAGCGGCAACGCCACCGUGCAGCUGAUGGUGAUCAGCUGCACCACGCGCCCCCUGCUGGGCUGCGUGUGGGAGUUCCCCGCGCGGCGCCAGGGCGCCGCCUUCGCCUCGGCGUCGCUGGCGCUCAACGAGGCGCUGCCGCUGCUGCUGAUGCUCGGCACCAACCUGGCGACGCUCCGCGCUCUGGUCGGGCACGCGCGAGCCGUCCGGGGCGAGGCGGACGCGCAGGCGAGCGGGGCGGCGGAGCGCAAGGCGGCGCACGUGAUCACGGCGCUGGUGGCGCUGUUCGUGUGCUGCUGGGCCGUGCAGCUGGCCGCCGUCACCUACUACAACCACAACGGCGGCGCCCUCACCGAGGGGCUGCUCACCGUGGCCCAGUUCUCCGCCUCCGUGUUCGGGGGCUUCAGUCCCAUGGUGGUGGCCCUGGGGCACGGCAGGCUGAGGAGGAGGAUCGCGAGCAUGGCGGCGAGGUGGACGGCGGCUCGUCCAUGUCACGGUGAGGACAGGACGCCUCCAGAGGCCAGAGGUCAAACUAUUUUUGUUGUGCAAAAGGAGAGGAAGGAGACGUUUAAAUCACGAAAAUGACCAAACGAUGUGCACUCACACAUUAUUGUGUACAUUUGACAACUAAAGUAUUAUUUUUAGAUAUUGCAGUACAGGCAGACAUAAUAUUAUUAUUAUGUCUGCAUAUUAUUAUAUUAAUAUGCAGCGUGAUUCCUAAUUAUUAUCCUAUUUUUCCUACACAUUUCUAUAAACCAAUGUCAUGUGCAGUUCUUCCAUAGGUUGUUUCUACUAUUAAGCUGAAUGGAAUAAAAAUGAAGAUUGAACGCUUA